AUGCAAACUGAUCUAUGUAAGAAGCUCGGCAUCGAUUUUCCAAUUUUUGCUUUUACGCAUUGUCGCGACGUUGUCGCCGCCGUCACCAAUGCCGGGGGUAUCGGCGUUUUGGGCGCAGUCGGUUUCCGUCCAGAGCAACUGGCCAUCGAGCUGGACUGGAUAGAUGAACAUGUCGGCGAUCGGCCAUAUGGCGUGGACGUCAUUAUUCCCAACAAAUAUCAGGGCCAGGACGAAAAGGAUGAAGAAAAACUGCGCACCAUGAUCAGUGCAGCAAUUCCCCAGGGACAUCGAGACUUUGCAGACGAACUGCUCGACGCGCAUGGCGUGCCGCGACUGAACAACGAAGGUAAGACGACAGACCGCCUCUCGAUGACUGAAGCCACAUCAGCGCCACUCGUAGACAUCGCCCUUCAACACGACAAUGUAAAACUAAUCGCCAACGCACUGGGAACACCACCACCUGAAAUAAUCAGACAAAUUCAAGACAGCGGUCGCAUGGUUGGCGCCCUCUGCGGGUCGCCGAGACAUGCAAAAAUGCAUGUCGACGCCAGCCUGGAUUUUAUCAUCGCGCAAGGCGGCGAAGGCGGCGGGCACACAGGAGAAAUUGGCAGCAUGGUGUUGUGGCCUGAGGUCGUCGACGUUGCCGGAGACAUACCAGUUAUAGCAGCAGGCGGAAUUGGCUCUGGACGCCAAAUGUAUGCAGCGCUUGCUAUGGGUACCCAGGGAGUAUGGUGUGGUUCGCUAUGGCUUACCGUUGCCGAGGCCGCCACCACGCCGAUCGAAAAAGAACUGCUACUUGCGGCGAAUAGCAACGAAACUAUACGUUCAGCGAGCGUCACCGGCAAACCAGUGAGGAUGCUGAAAAAUGCCUGGACCGAAGCUUGGGAUGCCGGCAACAACCCACAAUCACUCGAUGCACCCAUGCAGAUGAUGGCUGUUGGUAAUGCCAUGAAACGCAUGCGCCGCUUUCCAGAGCAAUCCAGGGAACUGAUGUUUGUGCCAGUUGGACAAAUCGUUGGACGACUCAAUCAUGUCAUGAAUGCACGCGAUGUCGUCAUGCAGUUAGUAGAGGAAUACCUAGAGACCAGCGAUCGCAUGAACGGUGAGCACAUGUCUGUCAUAGGUAUCGAUGGUCGAUACGACGAAGACAUAGGGAGGCCGCAAGUGAUUCCCGCAGGCAUUAUUUCAGCAGAUGGUCAUAUCUGCGAACCACCCAACUGCUAUGUCGAUUUUAUUGAGCCAAAAUAUCGCGAAGACGCGCCACGUAUCGUAGAACAGGAGGAUGGUACCGAGGCGUUUGUUAUUCCGGGCAUGAAAAAACCUAUUGCACUGGGCUUCAUUGAUGGCGCCGGGUUUGGUGUCCGAGAACGUUUCGACCGCGCAAAGAAGAUUCGUUUCAGCGACAUUCGCAAAGCUGCGUACGACGGACCUGCACGGGUACCUUUCAUGGAUCAGGACGGGUUGGCUGCUGAGAUUAUCUAUGCCUCCGUGGGCAUGGGACUAUGCAUGCACAAGGACCCCCUCUACAAAAAUGCCUGCAUGCAAGCCUACAAUCAAUGGUUACAGAGCAUGUGUGCGGAUGCACCCACGCGCAUUUUCGGUCUGGCUCAAACGGCAGUCCUGAGUGUCGAUUCAGCAAUCGCUGAUUUUCGCAAAGCUAAGGAGAUGAACAUGGUCGGCAUGAUGAUGCCAGGAGACCCCAUCCACGAAGAUUACGACCACCCCGACUAUGACGCACUAUGGGAGUGUGCAACUGACCUCGACCUGCCCGUCUGUUUUCAUAUCCUCACAGGGCGUGCUGGAAGCCUGCACGUAAAACCCCGCGGUCAUGCGAUGAAUAGCUUUCUAGGCAUAAUUCGCGCAGUACAGGACAUCGUCGGUUUGAUGGUGCUUGGUGGCGUGUUCGAGCGACAUCCAAAUUUAAAACUUGUGGUUGCGGAAAGUGAUGCUGGCUGGAUACCUCAUUACAUGCACCGCAUGGACCACGCCGCCAAAAUUCAUGCCGAAGACGGCAUUAUAAAAGGUUUGUCACAACUCCCAAGCGAAUACGUGAAAAAUAAUGUCUGGGCGACCUUUCAGGAUGAUCGCACCGCCUUUGAAUCCCUGCAUAUGAUCGACUACAAGCAUCUGCUCUGGGCCAGUGAUUUUCCUCAUACAGAUUCAACAUGGCCAGAGUCAUUGGCAUUAAUUGCGGACCAAACCGCCAAGCUGAACGAUGAUCAACUACAAGCCAUCUUGCGCGACAAUACCGCAACGCUGUUCAACCUGCCCGCGGGCGGUGUUGCCUAUCUCACCAUGAACCGACCUGAAAGACGCAACGCGCUGAGCCCACAAAUGAUCGUGGAAAUGGCAAAUGCUUGGCGAGAUUUCCGAGGCGACGACAAUAUGCGCGUCGCGAUUCUUACUGGAACGGGUGACAAGGCGUUCUGCGCCGGUGCCGAUCUGGGCUUACUGAUACCACUUUUUUCACGCGCUCGAGAGCCUGACGAUGAGUUCGAUGAAGCUCUGAUCAAAGACCGCUCACUCAUGCAAAUUGCAUUGUUACGCGAUUUCGAGUUGUACAAACCUGUGGUAGCCGCUGUGAACGGAUUCGCCCUGGCCGGUGGCACCGAAAUAUUACAGGCAACUGACUUCCGCAUCUCAGCACCAACUGCGGAAUUCGGAUUAACCGAAGUUUCCCGCGGCAUUGUUCCCGGAGGCGGCUCACUGGUCAGAUUGGCAAGACAGAUUCCCUACUGCAAAGCUAUGGAAAUAUUGCUAUUGGGGGAGCGUAUGCCUGCUGAAGAAGCACUGCGCAUUGGUUUGAUCAAUGAGAUUGUCGCCGCCGAAAAUCUUCAAUCGCGGGCUGCAGAGGUCGCCGGGCGAAUAGCCGAAAACGGCCCACUAGCUGUCGCUGCGUGCAAAGAAGCAGUCAUUCGAACCAGUGGCCUGGCGCUUGAACAAGCCUUUCCUAUCGAAACCGAAAUAUCCGCACGCAUUAUGCGCACUGAGGCCACAUCCAAGCCAAAACUAAAAGUCGCAUUAGACGAUGACCAUGUUGCCACUGUCGAGCUCACCAACGGCGAUUACAACUUUUUCGACAUGGAAAUGCUGAUGGGGCUCGCAGAAGCUUUCGAAACACUAGAUGAUACCGCGGCGUGCCGCGCAAUCUUGCUUUGUGCCAGCGGUAAAGCGUUCUGUGCGGGUGCAGAUUUUCAAGGCGGGAAAAACGGCGCCAAUCCCGCGGGCUUAGGAAACUUGGAUAAAGGCAGCGGGUUAAGUGGUCAUUUAUACGAACAAGCCGUGCGCUUGUUUGCUACUAAAAAGCCUAUCGUUGCCGCGAUACAUGGCGCUGCCAUCGGUGGCGGGCUUGGCUUAGCCCUGGUUGCAGAUUUGCGUGUGGGAUGUCCACAAACCAGGAUGGCGGCCAAUUUCACUCAACUGGGUAUUCAUCCUGGAUUCGGCCUCAGCUUUACAUUACCGAGAAUUGUCGGCCAGCAAAGUGCCUACGAUAUGUUCUACACAGGUCGCCGGGUUACAGGAGAAGAAGCAUUUGCAAUCGGUUUGCUCGAUCAGUUCGUCGAUCAAGCAGAGGUACGCCCUGUGGCGCAGUUAAAAGCAGCUCAAAUUGCUGGCGCAGCCCCUCAGGCGGUGAUGUCGGUCCGGGAGACACUCCGCGGAAAUUUUGCAGAAGCUGUGCGCAAUGCGACCGAUAGAGAGUUAUCUGAACAAAACUGGCUGCUACGGACACAAGAUGCCGCUGAAGGUGUGCGAGCAGUAUCGGAAAGGCGAGCAGGCAAAUUCACUGGGAACUAG